GCCACAAGUAGGAAGUGUAUUUGUUAUAUGAGUCUCUUGAAACAUGGGCUUUUACUCACUAUGUGGUUCUGUAACUCUCCUUGGGUUUUUCCUCUGUAUAUCAGAGGUAGAGAGCAUGAGGACACUGAAAAAUGUAGCUGUAAAAAGAGGAGGAUCUGUCACUGUUCCAUGUCUUUAUGAUGAGAAGUACAAAGCGAACAAUAAAUUCUGGUGCAAAGGGAACUAUUGGUCUACCUGCAGUAUCGUAGCCUAUGCAAACUCAAGUGGAAAUCCAUCAGUCAUUGAUCAUCCAGAGCAGAAUUUGUUGACGGUGGAACUGAACUCUGUCUCUGAGUCUGGAACGGGUUGGUGUGCUGCAGAAAUUGGGGAUAAAUGGCAAAAGGAUGACCAGGAUUAUUUGUACCUGACAGUUAGUCAAGAUCCUGAUCUGUCAGUGAAUGAGAGCAGAGUGAGAGGUGAGGAAGGAGGCAGCGUCACAGUCCAGUGUCUGUACAGUGCUGAGUAUCAGAAUACACAGAAGCAGUGGUGCAGAUUCAAAGAUGGACAAUGCAACAUAGUGGGGACUGAAACAUCACAGAAUUCCACAGUGUACAUCAGUGAUGAUGGGAAAGAAAUCUUCAGUGUAAAGAUGAGCAAACUGCAGCAGAGUGAUGCUGGAUGGUACUGGUGCAGUGCAGGAGAUCUACAGGUUCCUGUUCACAUCAAUGUCAGUGAUCCACCUCCAGUCAAUACAUCAAAUAUUACAACAGUGUCCACAACAGUGUCUACAAACACCCAUAAAGACAACACAUACACAUCUGACUCAAAGCACAAUUCAGUGUUUGUGACAUCAGUUCCCAGCAGUGAUGAAACCACUAGUUUGGUUUGGACCCUGAACCAUUGGUACCUGGUGGCCCUUCUUCUGCCACUGGUGAUACUGGUCAUCAUCAUCUGUAUGCUCAGAAAGAAAUGUGGUUUCUCCAAAUGAUGUCACCAAUGAGACCCUCUACAGCUAUGAGGUUUACCAGUAAGAGAGGAUGACUUACUGUUUGGCUGGAAGGAAACUGUGUGUGGAGCCUCAGGGAUCUCUAAUGGGCCCUAACAGAUAAAAUCCCAGUCAUGACAAGGACAACAUGCCCCACACUCACUGCACAGCCUUACAUCAUAGUCACAUGACCCUCCGUCAUUCAAAAAAAUAAGAAAGAAAUUUCCUCACUGUAGAUUUCACUUAUUCUCUUCUGUACUUUAAUUUUUUUUGUCUUUUGUUUGAUCUGAAAUGUAUUUAUAGUGUUUAUAUUUCAUGUUUUUAUUUCAUUAUAUUUUAACUCAAAAUCCUUUUACAUUAUCAUUUCUGUUCACAUGGUCUACAGUCCUUAAAUACAACAUUAGUGUACAACAUAACACACUGCAGAACCCACAAAGCUUAAUGAGUAAAAACCUGUAGGAAAAAUAUCUUCUGAUUUUAAAUUAAAGCAUGCAAUUAUUACGCUCUACUAUGCUACGCUAUUAUUAUAACCUCCUAGUGAAGCCAGUGUUAAUAUGAGUGAUGAUUAGGAAAACACUUCACAUGGUGAAAUUUUAACUAUACAUACAUAAACAUCUAAGAUGAAAUGCUUCUCUUUUAUAUAAUUAAGGAAAUAAUUCAAGAUAACGGAUCACAAGCAGCAUGGACAUUCUGAUAAACUGUGCUGGAAUCUGAUUACAAUCUGAAUGGAUUAGACUCAUGACCCUGUAAAGAUGAACAGACCAUUCACUGUGGGAGAACAUCACACUUAGUCUGUAGUCUGACUGUAUUGUAGCACCGUUUAGAGGGGAAGAAAGUCACAUACACUGAAUGUGAACUCACCAGUUAUUACAGUCUGAGCCUUUACACUGUAUUUGUCUGUCAUGUCAUGAAUAACACUUGUCUUUUUCCUCUGGAGAUAAUGUUGAUUGCUGGUUACGAGCUUUCUGAACCAUGUAGUCCCGCGGUUCUUAUUGUCGCCAUCUAGUGGGAAAUAAAGGCAUGACAGGG